AUGUUGGUAGUACCGGAAGUCCCCCGGGUGAUCCUGGGGCUUAUGACAUUUGGCCCUGAUGAGAAGGCUAUGGCCCGGAUAACAAGUAUCGAUGAGUUCAAGAGAUGUCUCGAUCUCUUCAUGAGCAAAGGGCACUUUGAAGUCGACACUGCACGGGUCUACGUUGACGGGAAACAGGAAGCUUUCACUGCCCAGGCUGGCUGGAAAGCUCGCGGCCUCACGCUGGCGACGAAAUGGUAUCCUCGGGCUCCUGGUGAUCACAAGGGGGAGAAGGUUCGGGCCAAACUCGAGGAGUCCCUGAGGGAACUGCAGACGGACUGCGUUGACAUCUUCUAUCUUCACGCUGCUGAUCGAUCUGUGCCAUUUGCAGAAACCCUGGAGGCAGUCAAUCAACUGCACAAGGAAGGAAAAUUUGUGCGGCUUGGAUUGAGCAAUUACACGGCCUUCGAGGUAGCGGAAAUAGUUACGAUGUGCAACGAGCGAGGAUGGGUGCGGCCGACAAUCUACCAGGGCAUGUAUAAUGCUAUCACCCGGUCCAUUGAAGCUGAGCUAAUACCCUGCUGCAAGCGAUAUGGGAUGGACAUUGUUGUCUACAACCCGCUAGCCGGCGGGAUCCUGUCAGGCAAGUAUAAAACGGCAGACGUCCCGGCAGACGGCCGCUACAGCAACACCCAUUCGGGCGGAGAGCUGUACCGACGCAGAUAUUUCAAGGAUGCCACAUUCGAUGCCCUGAAGAUUAUCGAACCGGUGGCGGAAAAGCACAAGCUAAGUCUUGUCGAGAUUGCAUUCCGCUGGAUGCUGCACCAUUCUGCUCUGAACAUCAAAGAAGGCAAAGACGGAGUUAUUAUAGGCGUGAGUAGCUAUGAACAGCUCGAACAGAACCUGGACGACCUGGAGAAAGGCCCGCUUCCGGAUGAAGUUGUUACUGCACUCGACGAGGCUUGGAUGGUUGCAAAGGCUACCACAGCGAAUUAUUGGCACCUAGACCUGAAAUAUACUUAUGACACAAAGGCAGCUCUGUUCAAACUAGAGCAGAGUGUGUAA